UUUUUUUCUUUAUCUCUCUCUCAUUAUUAUCAAUGAAGUUUGGAAAAUACCUGGAAGAUCGAAAAGCACAUCUUCCUGUUGAAUAUGCCUCCAACUGCCUGGACUACAAUGGCUUGAAACUAUUUUUGAAAGAAACUGUCUAUGCUAGUUCCAUCAAGAUCAAUCCUACUCAACAACAACAAUUGCCUUUUUCCCAACUGGUAUCACAGAGACUAGGUCAACUUCAACAAUGUGAAGUACAAUUUAUUGACCAACUGGAUAUUCAAGUGAAAAAAGUCUGUGAUUUUUUCCAACAAGAAUCUGCUCGCUUAGUCUCGGAAACAGCUACUGAUCAAUACACACCUACUGAUCUGUUACAAAAGAUAUUGACCUUGGAACGGUUUGUAUUUCUCAACUAUACUGGUAUCACCAAAAUCCUCAAAAAGAACGAUCGUCAUUCUGGAUUAGCUUUAUCGGAACCUUACCUGCAUUGUAUUGCUCAACUACCUUUGGUCAAAGCUGAAGACUUGACUCAAUUGAAACAGGUCGCCAUGAACAAACUUCAACAACUACAUACAGCGGUUGAACAACAUUCAUCGUUAUCUUUUUCACCAAAUAUGCUUCGUAGUCGAUCACAGUACAAGUUUACAGCCAAUGCAGCUCUACCUCCUACCUAUGUAGGUCCCAAUCAAAAGGUACUCGUGUCCUUAUCUGGUCCUCAUGGUACAGAUAUUGUUGGUGCUGUAUUAGAAUGCCUUGCUCGACAUCCUUGCGCAAUUGAAGAUUUCAUGUUAUCAAGACUUUAUCACAACGUGACUUUUGGUGUGCUGAUUACCCUGCAAUCUGACAAUGUGACCGUAUUCCGUGAUCUAGCAGAAGCAGCGCAACAAUGGGAUGCUACCUUGACUUUUGAUGUACCUGAUUCUCAAGCAACUGAACCUUCUAUUCGUCAUCGUGAAACCAAAGAAAAAAAGAAAUCUGAUUCUGCCAUAGCUGCUAUUACGGAAGAACAAAUCUAUUUGCCUGCAUCUUUGGAAGAAGCGCCUUAUUCUGGACGAAUCAAGUAUGCCGCCAGUAUUUUGAAUCAAAAUGGACUGGAAGCUACCUUUUUAAGCGAAUGGACACAACUGUUAUUGAAGCAUCGCAUUUCGGUAGAGAAGUUGUCUCGAUUGGAUAAAGGUCAUAGCUUAUCAUGUGCUGAUUUACGACUCAGUGUGCCUACCACAGUGGAUAUGGAUAUUUUACGCAAAGAAUUGAUUGAAUUGUCAGCAAGCUUUGGAUCCGAUGUUGCCUUACAACCUGAUGAUGUAUUUAGAAAGAACAAGCGUUUGGUGGUGUUUGAUAUGGAUUCGACUUUGAUUCAACAAGAAGUAAUUGAUGAAAUCGCUAGAUAUGCUGGUGUUGUGGACAAAGUGGCAGCCAUCACGGAAGCCGCUAUGAAUGGUGAAAUUGAUUUCAAGGAAUCUUUACGUCGUCGUGUUGCUCUUUUGAAUGGAACAAGUGUCAGUGUUAUUGAAGAUGUCAAGAAAAUCCUCACUUUUACCGAAGGCGCUCGAUUUUUAUGUCGUGCACUCAAGAAACUUGGAUUCAAAUUGGCAGUUAUUAGUGGUGGAUUUAUGCCAUUGGCUUUAUAUGUAAAAGCUGAAUUAGGUUUAGAUUAUGCCUUUGCGAAUCAGCUCAAAGUAUCAUCGGAUGGAUUGACAUUGACGGGUGAAACCACUGGACCUAUUGUAGAUGGAAUUCGAAAAGCAGAAUUAUUGGAAGUGAUUGCACAAAGCGAAGGCGUGACCUUGAAUCAAGUGAUUGCUGUAGGGGAUGGUGCAAAUGAUCUAUGGAUGUUGAACAAAGCUGGUCUUGGCAUCGCGUUCAAUGCAAAACCAAGGGUUCAAGAACAAGCUAGAGCAAGAAUCAAUCAAAAAAGUUUGAAAUAUGUCCUUUCUCUACUUGGUUAUUCAGAACAAGAUAUGGAACAACUGGGUGAUGGUCGUUUACAAUAGAUAGAUAGAUAGAUAAAAUUGUAUAGAAUAAUUAUAGAUUUAUCAAUAAAAACAACUUG